AUGAAACAACGCGUAGAACAUAUUGGUGAAAUGGAGCAGCCUUCGAAAACCUUACUCUCUAAAACUAAUCAUGUGCCUAAAUGGGGUGAGCGUUUUUAUAAAAAUACUCCAAUUAAAAUAAUUGAAGAUUCUAUUUUGGAUCCGAAGAACAAAACUUUAACCACAUUCACGCGAAACAUUGGCAUGAAAAAAAUUAUGAAAGUUGAUGAAAUUGUCGAAUAUACCGAGCAGAAGGACGGGCGCACCUUAGCUAUUCGUCAUGCUUACAUUAGUUCACAAGUUUUUGGCUACUCCCGUGCCAUAAGAGCUCAUAUAUAG